CGACCGAAUCUAGAUACUUUGUACCAACCGUCUGAGGACGAGUUAGUCUAGUAUUUGGAGUUGAAGAACGAAGCUCAAUAAUGAAGAUCAGCCCUUGAAAUCUAACCACUUUGUGUUGUGUAAUCUGUUGUUGUGGAACAAAGGACCCAGGGACAACGGGUAGAGGAAACCUCACGUAACAAAUGGGGGCUCGGCCAGGUAUAUAAAGUGAAAAGUAUGAUUUUCAGGUGAUUUUUGUGAUCAUAUUAGCGCUGGCAUGUUGCAUUACAUUGCGUGCGACGAGUUUCAUACACGUUACUUGUAAGCGGACUGUUCGGUGUGUACUGUGUGUGUGUGUUGUCGAUGUCGGUUCGUUAAGAUGAUAUCGUCGGGCACCGCUGGGGUAGCCGUUUCAGGUUCGAGCAUUCGUGGUGUGUGUGGUGAGAAAAACAUUGUUGUCUUCUCAUGUUUCUGCAUGGAUUUGCAGGGUUUGACUGAGGGUUAUAACAGUCAGGUUGUCUAGAUUUCUCGGAUAUUGUAGAAUCUAGGUGUUGUAAGGUUGGCUGGGGAGUAUAACAGCCAGGCUCUAGUUCUUUCUAGGUUAUUUAGGAGACUAGGUUUUUUGCAUGAUGGCUAGCGAGUUCUCAUUGGGAGAGUUUGUUAGGGAUCCGUCUGCGGAGCGAUUAAGCUCGUUGACUAAAGUUGAAUUAUUAGAUGUAGCAGCUCAUUAUGAGGUUGUUGGCAUUAAGCGGUACAUGCUGAAGUCGGACAUUUUGAACAAAAUUGUCGAAUUUUUGGUUGCUGAAGAGGUUUUGUCUUCAGAGGCGGCGGACGGUAUCAGUGUGACUCCUCCAGGGUCUAGGUCACGGUCUCCUGAAUUAAAUUCUCAGGCUAGGUCUUCAGUUUCUGAUGAAGUGAGGAUAAAGGAAUUGGAAUUAGAGAGGGCGAGAGUAGAGUUGGAGAGGGAGAAACUUGUUGCCGUAAACAGAAAAGAAAGCAGAAAUGCUGAUAGGCAUUUUGACGUUGCGAAGCAUGUCAGAAUGGUCCCUCCAUUCGAAGAGGAAGGGGUGGAAAAGUACUUUCCACACUUUGAGAAAUUAGCUCAAAGCAUGGGGUGGCCUAGGGAAAUGUGGGCUCACCUGAUUCAGAGUAAGUUUAGCGGUAAGGCUAGGGAUGCCUACUUAGCAAUGUCGAUGGCCGACGUGUCGGAUUACAAUAAAGUAAAAUCGAGCGUGCUAAAAGCUUACGAACUUGUACCCGAAGCGUACAGGCAGCGAUUUCGCAAAGCGCGAAAGGAAGAAUCGCAAACUCAUAUGGAGUUUUCAAAACAAAAAGAGCAAUUGUUUGACAGAUGGAGCUCAUCUCUCCAUGUAGAUCAUGAUUAUGAUAAAUUGCGUGAAAUUCUUCUACUUGAGGAAUUCAAGCGCAGCGUGCGACUGGAUGUUCGUAUACAUCUAGAAGAGCAGCGCGUCGAUUCGCUGGAUGAAGCAGCAAGAAUCGCGGAUGAUUACGUGCUCACGCACAAAAUCUCUAACAAAAUGAGCGUAGAACCUAAGAAAAAUGGUAACUGGAGCAAAAGCCAGAAAACUAGUUCAUCACAAGAAAAGGAUGAAAUAAAACCGCAGUCCCAGCAAGGACAGGUAACAGAGGAAAGAAUGUGCUAUGCUUGCAAACAGUAUGGGCACAUAAAGUCAAAGUGUCCUUCACUUCAGGCUAAGAAACAGGAAUCUAGUGCACAUCCUAAUGCAUUCGUACAAACUGUGUCAAACUCACAAAGUGGAAUUAUUCCAGCGAACAUGGAAAAAAUUCAGAAAGAGUAUGAACCGUUUGUGUCUGUAGGAUAUGUAUCUGUAGCAGAGAGCGAUGUAGCAAGAAAAGUGAAAGUCUUGCGGGAUACUGGUGCUUCUCAGUCCUUGAUUUUGGAAAGUGCGUUGCCCUUUUGUGAUAGUUCUUCUGUUGGUGCUAGUGUUUUGCUCAAAGGCAUUGGAGAUGGCUUUGUGGAAGCACCCCUUCAUGUGGUAGACUUGAAGUCAGACCUUGUUUCUGGUAUGGUGAAGAUGGCAGUUAGACCAUCACUUCCUGUGGAAGAGGUAUCUAUCAUAUUAGGUAAUGAUCUCGCUGGUGACAGAGUCGUAUCAUGUCCAGUAGUAAGUUCUAGUCCUUGUGAAAGUUCUGAGACAGAUGAGUUGGUUGCAGAAUUUCCUGUUGUGUUCCCAGCAUGUGCUGUAACUCGUUCAAUGGCAACGAAAGUUGAGUCGGAGAAGAAGUCUAAUGACGUAGAUGUUGACUUGGGAGAUUCUUUCUUUUGUCGUUUGGUUGAAGAUGAGUCUGAUUCCAAUGUGGAUGAGAGUGCGAGAAAGGAUCGUAGUGUAGGAAAUAGUGAAACAUCUGAACCACUAUCUUUGAAAAAGAGUAAGUUGCUAAAGGAGCAACAGACAGAUCCUCAGUUGAUUUCUUUGAAUGAGAGAGCUGUUUCUGAGGAGGAGGCAUUGACUGUGCCUGUUUGUUAUUACAAGAAAGCAGGUGUGCUAAUGAGAAAGUGGAGGCCAGCAGAUGUCCCUGCAGAUGAGGUGUGGAAAGAAGUCCACCAAAUUGUAGUCCCUUCUACAUACAGGCAGGACAUAAUAAGCCUUGCUCAUGAAGCUCCACUUGCAGGUCACUUAGGGGUUCACAAAACCCAGGAGAAAAUUCUUUCUCAUUUCUUUUGGCCCGGCGUGCAAAAAGAUGUUGCAAAUUUUUGCAGAAGUUGCCAUGCAUGUCAAGUUGUAGGUAAACCGAAUCAGAAAAUACCGGCAGCACCAUUGAAGCCAAUACCGGCGUUCGAUGAGCCAUUUUCUAGGAUCAUAGUAGAUUGUGUAGGUCCUCUGCCAAAGACUAAGGCAGGUAAUGAAUACUUAUUGACGAUAAUGUGCGCUGCGACGAGAUAUACCGAAGCGAUACCACUGCGGCGCAUUACAGCGAAUAAUGUGACAAAGGCGUUAGUGAAAUUUUUCACUACUGUAGGGCUACCAAAAACUGUACAAUCUGAUCAAGGGUCAAAUUUCAUGUCUAGGGUGUUCAAUCAGGUGUUGAAGGAACUGGGCAUAAAACAUGUAGUUUCGAGUGCAUACCACCCAGAGUCCCAGGGAGCACUGGAGAGAUUCCACCAGACUUUGAAGAAUAUGUUGAAAACUUAUUGUAUGGAGUCAGAGAAACAAUGGGAUGAGGGAGUUCCCUUGUUAUUGUUUGCUGUGCGGGAUGCUGUACAAGAGUCGCUUGGUUUCAGUUCUUUUGAGUUGGUAUACGGUCACUCAGUACGUGGACCAUUGAAGUUGCUAAAAGAGAGACUGUUGUGUGAUGAUUCACAAACAAAUGUGUUGGAGUAUGUGAGUACUUUCCGUGAGAGAAUGCAUAAGGCGUGGGAGGUUGCCAGACAGAAUUUGUCAGAUUCUCAGGAGAAGAUGAAGUCAUGGUAUGACAGGAAAUCCAAAGAGAGGAAUUUCGAGGUAGGAGCUAGAUUUUCUGGGCCGUACACUAUUGCUAAGAGAGUUGGUGAUGUCGACUACGUUGUCAAUACUCCAGAUAGGCAGAAGAAGAGACGUGUGUGUCAUGUGAAUAUGCUUAAGCCAUAUAUCCGAAGAGAUGACGAGAGUAAAGCACAACCAGUGUUGAGUGCUGUUGAAUGUGACUCAAAGUGUGAAGUUGAGAAAGAAGUGUGCAAGAUUGAGAGAGAGAACCCAUGUGUGAAAUUGAAAAAUUCAGAGGUUCUAGCACACAUCAAUAACAAACGAACACACUUAUCUGUGAAGGAGAGGAGCGACGUGAAAGAGCUGUUGAGUGCAUAUCCACAGUUAUUUGCUGAUGUUCCCUCUCGAACUGAUGUUGUUAAGCAUGAUGUAGGUGUGGGAGAUAUGACCCCAAUCAAACAGGCACCAUAUCGUGCAAACCCAACAAAACUGAAAAAUCUUGAAAAGGAAAUCGACUGCGAGAGUGCUUUCAACCAGGCGAAAGCCCUCUUAUCUACCAAUCCGGUACUGAUGGCUCUGGAUUUCAACCAGCCGUUCAGCAUGAUGGUGGACGCGAGCGAUGUGGGUGCUGGUGCAGUUCUUACUCAAGCAGACGCUGAAGGUAUCGACACACCCAUAUCAUUCUUCUCAAAGAAACUGUGGAAAAAGAAACAUUGACUUUGAUACUUGCACUUGAACGUUUCGACGUGUAUGUCAGUGGAUCUCAACAUCCAGUGAGGGUAUUAACUGAUCAUAAUCCCCUGACAUUCCUCAACAGAAUGAAAAACAAGAACCAAAGACUGACGCGAUGGAGUUUGCUGCUCCAAGAAUACAACUUGGACAUUCUACAUGUGCCAGGAAAGGACAAUGUUAUUGCGGACGCUUUAUCUCGUGUGUGAUAUUUGGACCGAAGUGAGCAAGUAAUUGAUAUAUUCACAUGGAAAAUUAAACAACCCUUGUGUGAACCAUAUUUGAUGAACAGUUGCACACUUACAGAGAAGCAUCAUUCUUGAACAGUUGAACAUUGGUGAAUUCACUGGAAUUCUAUGUGAGAAAGGAAACCAGAACUUUUAACUUUGAUGGUUUCUUUAACAAUCACAAAGCAUUGUGAACAUAGACUGAUUGGACUCAUUGAAACUGUUUAUUGGACUCAAAGAAAAAUGUGUUUUUCUUAUGUUUGCUUUCCAGAUGUCUGUAAACCAGUGUUAUAUGUAUGUUAUAUGCUUAUCUUAUUCGUUGACGAAUUUGAACAUGCAUGAUAAUAUUAUUGUGUUAAAACCGUUUUGGUACAAACACAAGGAACUAGAAAGACUAGUACGUUAUCAUUUUGUCUGUGCAUGUAUAUAUAUAUAUGAAAACAGAAACAGUUAAUUGAUUUAUAUGUUUUAUCCAAGGCAGGAUAGAUAUUGAAAGAAAGAAUUUUAGAACAAAAAGGAUUUUGGUGUUUUACCAUAUCUUUGGUUAUGGAUAUAAAGUAAUCAAAAAUAUUUUUGAAGAUAUUCAAUACGCAACCAACACAGAUGAUAUGGUUUUGCACUACAACGCAAAACUUCAGAUUAAUAGUAACAUGUUUCUACAACUGACGUGAAGGCUAUAUUAUAUUAUCUUUCAGACAGGUUUAAUGUUGCUGAAGUUUGCUUAUUAUUUUUAUGCAAAGAAAUAUGUUUAGAUUCAAAGUUGCAAAGAAGCAUGAAGACAUAUUGAUAUUGAUAGGUCAUUUAAGGUGAACUUCUCUGCGAUUUGAAUUGUAUUUGUUUUAUGUUUAGUACAAAUGACUUCUGAUAUAUGCAAAAGUCAGUGAUGAAAAUGAUAUAGCAGGAUGAUAAAAGAAUGGUUAAUGUUUUUACUUAUAGCUGUUCAUACUCAAUUUUAUUGUAUGAACAAAAACCACUAGACAACACUGUGAUACCAUUUGCAUGCUGGUACUGUAUAGUUUUACAAGCUGACUUGUUUAUCAGAUUUCUAAAUCUACAAAGACCUCAUACUUAUAAAUACUUUCAGGUUUUUGUAUUCUUACAGCAGUUGCUGAAAACAACAUUGAAAAAUAAAUGUUUUUAUAGCACUUCUCCUACUGGUAUAAGUGCUAAUUUAUGAGGGGGAGUGUGAUGGGUGUAUCGACCGAAUCUAGAUACUUUGUACCAACCGUCUGAGGACGAGUUAGUCUAGUAUUUGGAGUUGAAGAACGAAGCUCAAUAAUGAAGAUCAGCCCUUGAAAUCUAA